AUGACGAAGAUUGUCGAUUUGAUGAGGGGAAUCAUUGCGAUUUUCGACGAGCAUGCCGGCGAGGACAAAAUGCUUUCGAAAGAAGAGCUCAUGAGGAUGAUGGGUGAAGAACAGCACGAGAUGUUCGCUUCUGAAGAAGUUGCAACUAAACUCAUGAGUGAGUUGGACGAGAAUCUCGAUGGACAAAUAUCUUUUGAUGAAUUCAUCAAGUCCAUGGCUUUCAUCUGCGCCCUCGUCAAGUACGGCCAGGAAGACGCAAGCGACUUCAUCGGCAGAUGGCUCAGGAAACGGUUCAACAGAGAUGAUUGGAGACGUACAUGGGAGAUCAUGACCUCCUGA